UACACACUACACUUAGCAGCACAAAGAAAGUAAUGGGAAGGCAACCUUGUUGUGACAAGCUUGGUGUGAAGAAAGGGCCAUGGACUGCUGAGGAGGACAAGAAAUUGGUGAAUUUUCUCCUCGCACACGGCCAAUGCUGUUGGCGCGCUGUCCCCAAGCUCGCCGGCCUCAGGCGCUGCGGCAAGAGCUGCCGCCUCCGGUGGACUAACUACCUCCGGCCUGACUUGAAAAGAGGCCUCCUUAAUGAAGCUGAGGAGCAACUUGUCAUUGACCUCCAUUCCCGUCUUGGCAAUAGGUGGUCUAAAAUUGCAGCAGGAUUGCCUGGAAGAACUGACAAUGAGAUCAAGAACCACUGGAACACACACAUCAAAAAGAAGCUUAUCAAGAUGGGCAUUGAUCCAAUCACCCAUGAACCUCUCCGCAAGCCAGUCACUCCACCAGAAAUGCCUUGUAAACCAAACAAUCCACCUGCAGAUUUAGACAUGAAUCAGGAGAACGUGAAUAUCCCAGAACAUGGAAUCUCUUCUGCAGCUGAAAGUUCCUCAAGCAAUGAAUCCCGGCCAUUGGAGCCUAACCCUAAGAGUGAAGAUGACCCGUUGAUGAGCUACAUAUUAUUCGGUACAUUCCUGGAAGAUUUGACAUGGGAUUUUUCAGCCUCAUCAGAAGAUAGCUCACCAGCUGAUAAUCCGGCGGAGGAUAAUAGCUUAGCAUGGUUCUUGGACUGUAAGGAUUUUGGAGUUGAAGAUUUCGAGCUCGGGUGUAUCAAUUAGUGACUGACAGACGGUCAUAUAUUUUCAGUACCAGAAUCCACAAAAAAGUUACCAACCAAAGCGCUCUCUCUCACUCUCUCUCUCUAUAAGAAGUACAUAGCCAAACAAAGUAACCAAUAAAAAAAAGAAGAAGACGACUUUGUAUGUUGGACACUUAAAUCAUUCUAUCUGAAAAAUGAUGAGGCAAAGGAACGAAAAGACCAACAACUUGUUUAAGAGAUCUGUUUAUUCUCUUUAGCAUUUUGAUUGAUUCCCACUAACACUAUUUAGUGGAAUAUCUGUAGUUUUAAAAUGUAGACUAGUUUAUUAAACUAGUAGCCAGCCAGUGGCCAAUGACAUCAACAUAUGGGUUGGUAGGUGGGGUGUCCUUUUGCAACAAAAA